UCCCUCUUCAGUUUGUACGUUACAUCCACAAGAGUCGCAGGUGCUAAGUUGUUCGGUGGCAUUUAAUAUAAUAGCAUGGCCAAUAUUUGUGUGAAAACUCUUUUGCCGGCAAAUCGUAUAUUGGGGGCUACAACCUCAACCGUUUGCAGCCAACGUGCCAAAUCAUGGUUCGAUGGUGUGAAAAUGGGUCCACCCGAUGCCAUUUUGGGUAUUACGGAGGCAUACAAAAAAGACACAAAUCCCAAUCGCAUCAACUUGGGUGUCGGUGCCUAUAGGGACGACAACGGAAAUCCCUGGGUUUUGCCUAGUGUAAUUAAGGCAGAACAACGUGUCAUUGGCAAAAAAUUGAACAAAGAAUAUGCCACCAUUCUAGGUAUUCCCGAAUUCUAUAACAAGGCUAUUGAAUUGGCUUUGGGCAAUGAUUCACAGGUUUUACAUGAAAAACGUAAUUCUACGGCCCAAGGUAUUAGUGGAACUGGAAGUUUGCGUAUUGGUUCGGCCUUUUUAAGUAAGUUCUGGGAUGGCAAUCGCGAAGUGUAUGUUCCCAAUCCAACUUGGGGCAACCACGUUCCCAUUUUUGAACACGCCGGAUUGCCUAUUAAGAAAUAUCGUUACUAUGAUCCCAAUACAUGUGGUUUGGACUUUAAGGGAUGUUUGGAUGAUAUUAGCAAAAUUCCAGCCAGGUCCAUUAUAUUGUUGCACGCCUGUGCCCACAAUCCCACUGGUGUUGACCCCACCAAGGAACAGUGGUUAGAACUUUCCAAAUUGAUAAAGGAAAAGAAUUUGUAUCCAUUCUUCGACAUGGCUUAUCAAGGUUUUGCUUCUGGUGAUAUCGAUCGUGAUGCUCAAGCCAUUCGCAUUUUCGAAUCAGAGGGCCACCAAUACUGUUUGUCCCAAAGUUUUGCCAAGAAUAUGGGUCUUUAUGGUGAACGUGCUGGCGCGUUCACAGUUGCCUGCGCCAACAAAGAGGAGGCUGACCGUGUUACAUCGCAAAUUAAGAUUUUAAUUCGCGCCCUCUACUCAAACCCUCCAAUUCAUGGCGCCCGUUUGGUUGCAGAAAUUUUGAACGACAAUCAAUUGCGCAGUGAAUGGUUGAAGGAUGUCAAGAUUAUGGCUGAUCGUAUUAUUGGUGUUCGUUCUAAACUAAAGGAUAAUUUGAUUAAGAAUGGCUCGAAACUUUCCUGGGAUCACGUUACCAAUCAAAUUGGUAUGUUCUGCUACACUGGCAUGAAACCCGAACAGGUUGAUCGCUUAGCAAAGGAAUAUAGCAUUUAUUUGACACGAGAUGGUCGUAUUUCAAUGGCUGGUGUUACUACCAAAAAUGUGGAAUACUUAGCCAAGGCCAUGCACGAAGUCACCAAGUAAAGAGGGUUUCCAAAAGUACAUUGAAAUGCAAUAUACUACUUUAUUGUAAAAAAUACCUAAUUUUAAGACUAAAAUGCACUUAUUUUUCUAUAAAAUUUGCACCGACCGAAGACAGUAAUGGACAGAAAAAAAUUAUUGUUAUCUAUUUUAAUGCUGAAUAAAUAAAUAAAUUUAAUUUUGUAGUUAAAACCAUA